AUGGCAGAGAUCGUGCCAGUAGAAGAUGUUGAAGUUACUUUGGGAGAUGCUGAAGUGAAAGUGGAUGCUGAGGUGAAUACGGAGAGUAAAGCUGAAGAAAAGAAGGUUGAUCAGACAACAGAUGCUGAAGAAGAAAAGCAAAAGUUUGACCAUGAAAGGGAAGCUGAAGAAAAGGAUGCAAAAUACAAGAGAAUAGAAGCUCAGCUUGCGAUAGAAACGGAUAUGGAAAAUAGGGACCUUUCAAAAGAAGAAGAAUGGACAUUGGCUGAAAACAGGAAAGUUAUCAGGGAGGUAGAGAAUAGAAAAGUAUUGGAUCUCAAACAAAGAGCUCGUUCGAAGUGGGCCACGGACGGAGAUGAAAAUUCUAAAUAUUUCCACGCGUUGAUUAACAACAGAAAGGCUUCGAACUCCAUUCACGGUCUGAAUGUCAAUGAUCAAUGGUGCACGAAACCGUCUAGAAUUAAGAAAGAGAUAUUCUCGUUUUUUCGGGAUAAGUUCAAAGAAGAAUUCCCGGAAAGACGGGAUGUGUUCUGCGACAAUUUGAAGAAAAUCUAUGAUUCUAAAAGAGACAUGUUAGUUGACCCCUUUACUGGUCGAGAAAUAAAGGAAGCAGUUUUUGAAUGUGGGGAUGAUGGGGCUCCGGGUUCGGACGGAUGA